UGUAUGUAUGUAUAUGCGAAACCGACGCAGCAAGUGAGGGGCCGCUAAGACUGUCAGAGAGCCGGCAGCCCGCAACGCGAGCUGCUGUCUUCAAUUUCCGCAAUUUUUUCGACUUUCAAAAAAAAAAAAAAAAUACAAAUUACACGAGAAAUUAAAAAAAAAAUUUUUUUCUAUUUUUUCACGAGCACUGCGAUUUGUAAUCCUUGAAAAAAAAAAAUUUCCUCCUCCAUCACCUUUUGUUCCGUUGGCGGUGGAUAAAGUCGCGUUCAUCGUUUCCGGGCUGACAGCAGAAACCGCACACUACAAGAGAAAGGGUAAUCGAAAAAUAAAAAAAAAAAGGGAGGAGAGACCGUCUCUCCUCUCGCGAGGCCUUUUCUGAACCUUUCCCUUCACUUCCAGGAUUUGGAUAGCCGAGAAAGUUAAGAAAUGAGUACUAUGGAUCCUGCUGGGGAUGGUGGAGGGGGAGAGGAAUCCGGAACUGACAAAAAUACAACCGCGGGUACACCUUUGACUCAACAUCAACAGCAUCCACCACCUUCACCUCUCAGCGGAUGUUAUCUUCUCGUGGUGCUUCCAGAACCUCACACCGCACAACAUAAGGACCUCAUCUUAAGUCGCCUCGCAAAAGGAUUUUUGUCCUGGGAUAAGGACAAUUGUCAUGUCGACCUUGAGAAGGAAUUGCAAGCUCUCACUGCACAGGCACCGGAAGGUGAAGAAGCUAGAAAUGGCGAACGUCUUAUUCAAUAUGCAACGGAGAACCUCGUGACGGAAGUUCUGAUACAUCCCCAAACAAAUACUCUCUUACAAUGCAUACGCAAUCUUCUCGCAAGUUUCACGAAACACCGGCACAUCAUUCACGCUGGAUACACUUUUGGCGGAAAUGGUUCCUGGAUACUGCAGGAUGGAACCUUUAGUUAUGCAGAUUUUGUAGAUGCAUUUAGCGAACAUGAGGUGCAAAGAGUGCUUCGUGCUUACGAGAAUAGUGUAACUGUAGAUAUUCAUUGCGCGGGUGUUGGUGAAUGGUCGACUGCAAGAUUAUCCAAAGAACCCUGUACAAGGUCCUGUCAGGUAAAGGUGAAUCCUGAUGAUGUUCUUACGGCAGGUGUUCCAGCCAUUACUAGUUUUACACAUUAUAUUGAACAAUAUCUUGUACCUCAAACAUUAGAUCAACUAAUGGAACCUUCCGAUGUUGUCGGAAAUAUUCGCUUUAGUCAUCCAACCCUAUACGUCUUCCCGGGUGGACAGGGGGACGCGGCUCUCUUUGGAAUAAAUGGUUUCAAUAUGCUUGUCGAUGGGGGCUUCGCUAGAAAAGCCUGUUUCUGGGACUUUGCCAGACAUUUAGAUCGAUUGGAUGCCGUUCUGGUCACGAGGAUAAACAACAGCAAUAUUGGUGGCAUGUCCAGUGUUCUUCGAAAAAAGAAGGAGAUGCACGUUUAUCCUCAAAUUGGGCAUUUCUUCUGUAAUCUCGUGGAAAGAAGACACUCAAAUUCACCAGACGGCGACAAGGAUAUUGAUCCCUUAGUUUUGGAUUUAAUUGACAUGGGUCAGGAGAUGAUGGUUAAUCUUCGACACAUAAGUCUCAGAUCUCAUCACUGCUACAGGGAUCCAGAUCCAAUAAAUCUCUAUCAUAAAGUCGGUCACGGAACACUUGAUAUGUAUGUUCUGAGUCCCAGUAAAGACAGUAAGGAAGUACGUGAAUUUCUCGCCAAAUGGCACGCCUCGGAUUCGAAACUAUUUUCCGGUCCUCAUAAAAAGGAUUCAAACAAUCUUGUCUUUCCUAUCCAAAAUGUUGUUUCCAUCUGUGCGCUAUUAGUCUGGCAACCUGCAAAUCCCGAGGGUACAAUUACAAGGAUUCUCUUUCCCGGAAGUACGCCUCAACAUAAAAUCUUUGAGGGAUUGGAUCGUCUCAAGCAUCUUGAAUUUUUGAAACAUUCAACAUGCUCGGCCAAAAGUCUCUCGCCAUCGACUUCGCUCGUCGCUCUUAAGGACAAACCCUUAAAGAAGAUGGGUUUGAUCGAGAGAGAAGUGAAAAAAUUCGAAGCAAAACGCGAGAAAAAAGAAACAUCAGAAAUAAAGACUGUUAGAGGAAGUGAUGAGUCGCCUCAAAAAACAAUUUCACAGAGGAUAUCAAAAGUUGAAGGAAAAACGAGAAAGGUUGCAGAAAAUAAAAAGAUUGAAUCUGAGUCGAAGAAAAUUGAAUCUGAUACCAAAGAUGGUAAGAAAGUUGAUGAAACCAAAGAAGGUAAGAAAAUUGAUGACAUGAAGAAAAAAAUUGAAAAGCCCGAGAAGCAAGAAGGCGAAACGAAAAAGACUGAUGUUAUUAAAGCGGAAACUGAAAAGACUGUUAACAAGGAACAGAAACCGAAACCAGAACCAAAGAAGAAGGACGUUAAAGAUGUUAAACCUAUUGUGAAAACGAUCAAACCCGAACCACCAAAACCAAGUGCUAAACCAAUAGAGAAGAAGAUUAUGAAACCAGCUGAUAAGAAAGAUGUCAAAUCAUCACCAACGACACCAAAGAAAACUCUCAAUGGAACUGCUACCAAAACGGAAAUAUCAAAAACAACACCUAGAGUCUCCAUGAAACCAAUUACCAAAGCACCAUCUACUGCUCCAGCUAAAAGUGCAAAAGAUGCCAAUAAUAGAAAAGUUGUUGAGCAAAAGAAUAUAGAGAUGGCUGGAUCAGUUGCUUCGGCAUCAAAAGCACCAAAAAUAAAGCCCGUCGAGAGAAAACCAAUCAGUCGUCGAACAAAACCCGUGAGUCCCAACAAAGCCAGAGUUCCCAUUAGUCCAGCAAAAUCAACAAGAAGUACACCAACCACAUCUGUUAAAUCCGAUAAGGAUGGCGUAAUUAGAAAAGUCAAAGGUGACAAAGGAACAACUGACUCUUCCACCGUGUCAACACCUUCCGGUAUUGAGCCAGAUUCAGUUAUAAGACUUGCCGAAAAGAAUCUAACCGAAAAAUCCGAAGACAUGUCAUUGGAUUCAAUUGAAAGUAAAGUAUUGGCUGAUCUUAAGGAAGAAAGAGAGGUUGUUGAGGAGAUUGAAGCAGUUCUACAAAAAGCCGAGAGAAUAGAAGAAGCCAGAAAAGAGGAACGAUUCGAGGGCGAUGAUGAUAUUACCGCUGAAGCUACUGAUAAGAAAGAAGAAGACAUGACUGAAGAGGAUGUGACAGCUGAGAUUGAAGAUGCACCGAAAAAAGAUAGUUCGAGAAAAGCCAGUCAGGAAUUAACAGAGGAAGAUGAAUAUUUAAUUGUUGAGAAAGAGGAAAUUUACACAGAGGACUCCGCUCAGAGUGGCGAAGGCGAACAGAAGCAUUUUCUGGAUGAAGUUGAAUCAGAGAAAGCUAAAAUACUCAUGGAAAAGAAAAUGCAUCAAGAUGAUGAGGCUGAGGAGAAGAAAGAUGAGAUUCCUGAGAAGAAGUUAGAUUUUGCUGAAACAUCGGCCAUUAAAAGGGAGGAAAGACGAGCUUCAGAGUUAUUGUCUCCAGAACAUAAGGAACAGCUCAAGGAAGAGAUGAAGGAAAUUAUCGCAUCAGCUACAGAAGUUGUUCAAAAGUCCGAAGAGAAAGAUGAUUCCGGAAAGAAAGACAGUGAGGACAUAACAAAAGAACCUUCCAGUUUGAGUCCCGAUAAGUUGGAUUCUUCCGAAAAGAAAACAGAUACUGACGUGAAACCUGAACUCGAUCAAAAGGAAUUAAUACCCGAAAAAAUGGAAGAGUCUCAAGAAAAAAUAUCGACACUUGAAUCUGGUGCAACGACAACUGCUCCCACUCUUCCAGAAGAUGAGCGAAUCACUUUGGAUGAUAUUAAAGAAGAUAUUGAUGAGAAACAUGUAGCUGAGGAAGUAAAAGAAAAAGUUGUUGCUUCAAAAGUAGAGGAAGUUAUUCCGGUCGAAUUGCCAGCACCCGUUGUUCGUCAGUCCAUUCCAGCUCAUCAGCGAGACUCUGUUAAAACUCCAGACGAAGUUGCUGAUCUUCCAGUUCAUGAAGAAGUUGAUCCUAAACUUUAUGCAAUAGAUGGCUUUAGUAAGGACAGCAAGGAUGAAAAGGCUCAGUCUCCUCAGGAUCCUAAGGGACCUUCCACUCCUUCAGCAAAGGAACAAAAAGGUGUAUUCAGUUUCUUUGGAAAAGUUGCCGAUAAAUUUGAAAAGGGAAUUGACAAAUUAACCAAGAAGAAAAAAGAUUCGGAUAAAGAUGAUGAUAAAUCAUCGUCGAAAUCCAGUUCUCCAAAGGAUCAUAAACCAGAAGCAGCUGACUUUGAAGAAGUUGAUAUGGAUAAAGUUUUCCAAAAAGUAGGAAAAGUUCAUGAGAAAGCUGAAGUUUUCGAACAAGUCGAACCAAUAGUGCACGACGUAAAGAUGGCAACAAUAAAAGAAACUGCAACAUUCUUACAAGAGGAAAUUCAAGAUCUUCGAAGAACAAGUAUCCCUGAUCUAGAAGCAAAAGCUGUGUGUACGACUGUUGAUGAUGUCGAAGCAGAAAGAGUCAUUCAUGAUGAUAAAUCACCUCUUGAAGAAAUGAAAAAUAAAACUUCACCCAAGCAAGAGAAGAAAGAAGAAUCAGAAGAUGCUGAAGGCAUCGAAGAAGUUGAAGCACUAAUAAAGGAAUCGUCCAAGAAAUUUAAAUCUGUUAAAGACAGUCUCAGAGAUUCUUUAGAGUCCCUUGAAGAUAAGGGUCCAAAAGAGAAGGGAAUUAAUUUAGCUGAUCUUCCUCCGCCAACUGACAUUAUCACAGACACUUUAACUGGGGUUGCUGAAAAAUUAGAAGAAAUAAAACCGUCAAUCGAAUCUGUUUCUCCCAUUUCCAAAGAGCCUGAGAAAGUCAAGUUCUCUAUUCCUGAAGAUGUUGAACUUGAUGAUGAAGCAGCUGAUGAAGACGACGACGAUUAUCACAUUCCGGAUCUGAAAGAAGCUGUACGAGAUGUUGGCGAAGUCCUAGCUGGUACUGCUGGAAUUCAUUUUGAAGAAAAGCCCAAAGAUGUCGUUGAAAUUGUCAAAAAAGUUGCUGAAGUCCUUAAAGAAGACGAUUUCUUAUCGGAGAAAGCUCUUUCGGAGAUUCCCAAAAAGGAGGAAGAAGGACCAUCAGCUUUGGAUACGAAAUUAAUUGAAGAAACGAAAGCAAAAGUUGAAGAACCCAGACCAAGUUUAGGAGACAUUAUGCCAAAGAAAGUAGGGGUCACUGAACAAUUACCGUCUCAGGAAGAAGUUGAGGAGAUGAUAGUAAGUGACUUUGUUAAGCCUUUACCAGUUUAUGAAUCAGCAACCGGAGUUGAGGUUCAAGAGGAACCUUGUAUGAAAGUUAUCAGAGAUACUAAAAUCACUUCUCCAGCAAGAGAGGAAGCACCAGAUCGAGAAGAAAUUCUAGCAAUGGGAUCAGGAUUGCUGUCAGAUGUUAACAUUUGCGAAAGAAUGGGUGUAUGUGCUGAUAGAGAAUUAAUGGAUGUAAUGGACGCUGGAUUGGAACAAAUUUGUACCAAAACAAUUCUUCCCCUCAAGCUUGAAGAUACUGAUACCAAAGAAGAAAUAGAAUCAUCUGAGAUUGGAUUUGAGCAAAAAUUAUCACCAGCAAAGGCAGAAUUGGUUAUAGUCACUCCUGGAUCAACGCCAUCGUCUCCUAAAUUUAUAGAGAAGAUAUCUGAUCAAGAAGUACAGAAAGCCUUAAAACUUGAUACUUUGCUAUCGGAUCAUUUAAAGCAGGUAAUUAAUCAAUCGGAAAGUGUUGAUGAAAUAAUUGAAGAAAUCAUCACAUCGAAGAAACAAAAGAUUACAACGGAAAUUAUAGAGUAUAUUAUGUUCAUAAAACGUAUUUCUAGAGAAAGGAUAAUUGAAAUAAUUGAAAAUGUAAUUAUCAGACGAGGCAUUCGUCGUGAGAGUGCAAUGGAUAUUGAGGAUAUUAUAAAAACCGAAGUGGUAAUUAGUCCUCAAAAGAGAACAGAUGUUGAAGAUUAUAUUGAAAAAGAGUUUGUUAAUAAAGGAAAGAAAAUUACUACAUUAAUUAUCGAGGAGAUCUCAUUGUUAAAAAUAAUUCCCAAAGAUGUUAUUAUGGAGAUUAUUGAGAGUAUCAUAAUCAAAAGAAAAAUUACUAAAGAUUCGGUGCUUGAUGUAGCCGAUGAGAAAACUCAGGAAGUUAGCUCAGAAGAUGUUCCUUUGCAAGAGACAAUUGUUGAUCAAAAACUAAAAUCAAUAACGGAAGUUGUCGAGAAAAAAGAAGUUCCACAUAUUGAAAGUGCUUUGGAUAUUGAAGAUGAACUUGUUGAAGGAUUUGUUAGUAUUCCUUCUAAAGAUGCUGUCACGGCUUUCAUAAGUGAAGAAAGAAGAGGUACCCAUGAAGAAUUAGCUGUUGAAGCCAGAGGUUCCCCAUCAGGCAAGACUCUUUCAGAGAAAGAUGAUUUUGAAGCUGUUGAGAGAGAAGAAUAUAAAGUCAGUGGUUCGAUACAGUCACCAGAUAUAUCGAGAAAAUUGAGUGAAUCAAAAACAGAAGAAGAAGAAGACUCGAGUGAUGUAAUUGAAGCUGAUGAAAAAUUUGUGAGAGAAACUAAAGAGAAAGAAGGAAAGGAGUUUGAACUUGAUGACAUCAAAGAAGUGGUGGAGGAAUUUGAUGUUCGAGUUCGUGAUACUGAAGUUUCUGAAGCAUCAGAAGUUGUUGAUGCUACUGAAAAGUAUCUUAAUGAAGCCAAAGAAAAAGUUGUUGCUCCAAUGAAAGAAUUUGAUGACAAAAAAAUUCAGGAUGUUGACAAAGUCAUUUCAGAAAAAGAAUCAGUUAUUAGUUCGUCUGCAGCUAUUGAUGAAAGAAAAAAGAGUAUUUCUGAAAAAAUUGCUAAUAGAGUUCCAUUAACUGAAGAAGAGCAGGAAAUUUUUGAUCAGGAUCCACAGGAUGCGGCGGUACGUAAAAUGUUUGUAACAGCUAGUAGUGAAGAUGGUGGACACGAGACAGAGAUUUGUGCUCCAGGGACAAUUACAUUCACAAAAACCGUGACACCGGAUGAUUCUUUAAAAGAUGUUUCUACUAAGUCUACUCCAGAAAAAGAUUCUUUGGUGAUGGACAAGGAUUCUUUGCAUUCCGAAGAAAGUUCACUAGAGAAAGACAGUAUUUCUGAUAAAUCGCCACUACAAGCUAAAGAAAAAGUUUCUCCAGUUGAUAGUUUAGAUAAGUCACCAGUUGGUACUCGUGAUUCUCAGGAUCUAGAUGAUAGUUUAGAAAAAAGGGAUGAAUUGACUGAAAAAACUCCAGAAAAAUCGCUUACAAAGGAAGAAGAGUUGAAAAAAGUAAUGCAUCUUGACGAUCUGAAGCCUAUGGAAUUAGAUAAGUCAGGUGAUAUUUCUCCUGCUGAUAGUGUUUUUUCGAAAAGUCCCAGUGAAAAGCCAUCAAUUCCUGACCAAACAUCAAUUUCUGAAACACCAGAUCAAGCGAAAAUUCCCUUUACUGAGGAAGAUACAAUAAAAGAUUUACCUAAAUUAGAUGCUGAGAAAUCUCUUGAUAAAUCUCGCUUCACAAGUAUUGUAAGCGUUAAGGACGAAGAAAAACCUAUUGAUCGGUCUAGAUCAACAAGUAUUAUCAGCGAAAAAGAAUAUCAACGAGAAUCACGAACAGGAAGUAUUGUAGGUGAAGAGUUAGAUCUUAAAGAAGGCAAAAUUUCUGAUGAAAAGCAAGAAUUAAAAAUCGAUGAGGAUGAAGCAGCAGCAGACCGAUCAAAGUCUCCGAGCAUUGCAGGAGAUAAGCCUGAUGAUAAAGACAUUAUUGUUGAAGUUAAAUCCAGAUCUGCAAGUAUAGCUGGUGAAAAACCGGUAAUAGAUAUAAAACAUGAUAAGGAAUCAUCUGAUCCUUCAAUAUCUCCAAGUGUGGCUGGUGAAAAAAAGGAUUUAAUAGAAGAAAAAGUUUCAAGGUCAUCCAGCAUUGUAAGCGAAAAAUCGGAAACAAAAGAUUCUUUAGAAAAGUCAAAAUCUCCAGUAUUGAGUGAUAAAUCUGACGAAAAGGAAGCUCUUGAUCGAUCUAAGUCUCCUAGCAUUGCUGGUGAUAAACCAGAUGAUAAAAAUUUAUUUGAAGAGGUAGACAGUAAAUCAAAAACCUCAAGUAUUACCAGUGAGAAACCUGAUUUAAAAGAAGUUUCUGAUCGAUCAAAAUCUCCAAGCAUUGUUGGAGAUAAACCAAGUGAUAAAGAUAUUAUUGUUGAAGUUAAAUCCCGAUCUGCAAGUAUAGCUGGUGAAAAACCGGUAAUAGAUGUAAAACAUGAUCAGGAAUCAUCUGAUCCUUCAAUAUCUCCAAGUGUAGCUGGUGAUAAACCAGAUGAGGGAGAUUUCAUUGAAGAACCUCUUGUUAAAUCCAGAACGGCCAGUAUUUCCAGUGAAAAAGCAGAUCACAAGGAUGUUGAUCCAUCAAAAGUUGCCAGUAUUUUAGAGGAUAAGCCUUCUGCUAAAGAAGAAACUAAAGAGGCUGAAGUUAAAGAUAAAGAUAAAGAUUCCAAUCAAAUUAAAUCACCAGCAUUGAGUGCUAAGCCUUUGGAUAAGGAUUUAAUAGAAGAAAAAUUUUCAAUAUCAUCAAGCAUUAUUAGUGAAAAGCCUGAGAUAAAGGAUAUUUUAGGAGAGUCAAAAUCUCCAGUACCCAGUGAUAAGUCAGAUAAAAAAGAAUCUCUGGAUAGGUCGAAAUCACCUAGCACAACUGGUGAUGAAUCAUGCGAAAAGGAUUUAAUUGAGGAAUCAUCCGACAAGUCUCGAAAAUCAAGUAUCACUAGUGAGAAACCAGAUGCAGAAAGUAAUAAACCUUCAGCAAUUGAUAUUGAUAAAUCGAUUGAAAAGGAAUCGAGAGAUAUUUUUAAACCCUCUAGUAUCGCAAGUGAUAAAACUAUUGUAAAAUCUACUGAUCAGAAAGAUACGGAUAAUCGAGCACUGCUGGAUUCUAAAGAUGAUGAACCAAGUGAUCGUUCUAAGUCACCUAGCAUUGCUGGUGAUAAAGAAAAUGAAAAAGAUUUUGUGGAAUUCAGCAAGUCAAGAUCAUCUAGCAUUGUUAGUGAAAAACAUACACCAGAACCGUUAAGAAAAUCUUCUUUGCUAGCAGACACCAAAUACGAUGAGAAAUUCGAAAAAGAUCAAUUUGAAUAUCUCAGAUCAGGUAGUUUAAUGAGUGAUAAACUGGAUGAGGAUUCUAUUGACAGAACUAAAUCACCAAGUUCAACCAGUGACAAGUCCGAUGAUAAAGAUACAUUAGAAAGAUCGAAAUCACCAAGUAUUGAUGGUGAUAAACAGGAUUAUGAUGGAGAUCGAGGUAAAUCUAGAUCUCCAAGUGUAAUUAAUGAAAAAGUCGAUCAUGAUAAAUUGUUAGAAAAAGAUGAAUUGAAAGUCGAUGAUCGCGAUAGGUCAAGAUCAUCAAGUUUUGGCAGUGGUAUAGUUGAAGAAAAAGAAUCCGCAUUAGAAACAGAAGCAGUUCCUGAUGUUGAUUCUAAAAAACAGUCUGAUAAAGAGGAAAUCAGAUCCAGGUCAUCAAGUAUCAUUAGUGAGCAGCAUGAUGAACAGAAGCUCAGAUCUAGGACAUCAAGUAUCACUAGUGUAAAACAUGAUGAGAAGGAACUUACAUCAACGAAAGCUACUCCUCAUGUUGAUACUGAGAAAAAGGUUGAUAAAGAUGAAAUCAGAUCUAGGUCGUCAAGUAUCGUCAGUGAGAAGCAUGAUGAUGUGAAGCCUCGAUCUAGAUCAUCAAGUAUCGCUAGUGUAAAACAUGAUGAGAAAGAACUUGCAUCAGCAACAUCAGCGACUCCUCUUGCUGAUUCUGAGAUAAAGUUUGAUGAAGAUGAAAUCAGAUCAAGGUCAUCAAGUAUCGUCAGCGAGAAACAUUUUGAAGAGAAACCUAGAUCUAGAUCAUCAAGUAUCGCUAGUGUAAAACAUGAUGAGAAGAAACUUACAUCGACAACAAAAACGGCCCCUCAUGUUGAUUCUGAGAAAAAGCUUGAUAAAGAUGAAAUUAGGUCUAGAUCAUCAAGUAUCACUAGUGUGACACAUGAUGAGAAGGAACUUACAUCAAUAACAAAAACUGCUCCUCUUGCUGAUUCUGAGAAAACGAUUGCUGAAGAUAAAAUUAGGUCAAGAUCGUCAAGUAUCGUCAGUGAGAAGCAUGAUGAUCAGACGCAUAGAUCUAGAACAUCUAGUAUCGCUAGUGUAAAACAUGAUGAGAAGGAUCUUACGUCAACAACAAAAACUGCUCCUCAUGUUGAUUCUGAGAAAAUGAUUGAUAAAGAUGAAAUCAGGUCCAGGUCCUCAAGUAUCGUUAGUGAGAAGCAUGAUGACGAGAAACCUAGAUCAAGAUCAUCAAGUAUCGCUAGUGUGAAACAUGAUUUUAAUGAACUUUCAUCAGCAACAACAGCGGUUCCUCUUGCUGAUUCUGCGAAAAAGGUUGUGAAAGAGGAAAUCAGGUCCCGGUCGUCAAGUAUCGUCAGUGAGAAGCAUGAUGAUUUGAAACUGAGAUCUAGAUCAUCAAGUAUCGCUAGUGUGAAACAUGAUGAAAAAGAACUUGCAUCUAAAACAGAAGUUGCUUCUAAUGUUACUGUUGAUCAAAAAAUUGAAAAGGAUGAAAUCAGAUCAAGAUCGACGAGUAUAGUCAGUGAAAAGCAUGAUGACCAGAUGCCUAGAUCUAGAACAUCAAGUAUCGCUAGUGUAAAACAUGAUGAGAAGGAACUUACAUCAACAACCAAGGCUACUUCUCAUGUUGAUAUUGAGAAAAAGGUUGAGAAAGAGGAAAUUAUGUCUAGGUCAUCAAGUAUCGUCAGUGAGAAGCAUGAAGACAAAAAGACGAGGUCUAGAGCAUCAAGCAUCGCUAGUGAGAUACAUGAUGAAAAGGAUCUUGAGUCUGUAACAAAAGCUGCUUCUCAUGUUGAUUUAGAUAACAAAUUUGAAAAAGAAGAACAUAGGUCAAGGUCUUCAAGUGUUGUUAGUGAGAAGCAUGAUGACAAGAAGCCUAGAUCUCGAACAUCUAGCAUUACUAGUGAUAAAUCUGACGAUAAGGAACUCGUCUCUGCAAAAAAAGUUUCAGAAAGUUUUCCUCAUUCUGAUAAAUCGGUUGAACAGGAGGAAAUCAGGUCAAGAUCAUCAAGUAUCGUCAGUGAGAAGCAUGAUCCACGUGUUGUCAAUUUACCUAGAGCAGAAUCACCAACACAUGAUCAAACGCCUAAAGAUCGAUCUCGAUCUCACAGUUUGUUUGAAGGGGCUGAGAAAACACCUUUAACCAGAUCAAGAACUGGUAGUUUAUUUGAAGAUAAACCUGUUGAAAAGAUUCAUCUUAUGGAGCAACUGAGUGGAGCUUUGGAAGAUUCAAUUCAUUCAACUAUUCUAGAAGAGAAAGAUGAGAUAAGAAGCUCAACAGAGAAACUUCCUGGAUCCAGGAAGCAGAGUGAAGCAGAGAUUUCACUAUCAAAGGAACCUGUGAAUUAUCAAAAGGACUUAAGUGAAUCAAAGUCGCAAAUAGUACCUGAUGUAGAAGACGUUUCGCAAGUGGAUCCUAAUGAAAGGAUAUUGUUAGAAAAUUAUGUGGCGCAUGAGUUUUUGGGUAAGAAGAAAAAAAUAAGUGCACAAAUACUGGAUGAAAUGAGUGUGGCUCAUUCACUUCCAAAAUCAGUGAUAAAAGAAAUAAUUUUGAAUAUGAACAUUCCUAGAGAUAUUAUUGGAUUUGACCAAGAAGAGCAAUUUUCUGACUCGGACGAUGAUGACGUGUUGGGAAAGUUGCAGGCGGAUACUUUAAAAAAUAUAGAGAAAUAUAUCAUUGAUACUUACAUUGACAAAAAUAAGAAGUUGUCCUUGAAAGUAGUGGAUGAAAUCGCGAGUGUUAAUUUAGUUUCAAGGAGAAUUAUUAUCACAAUUAUCGAACAGAUUAUUCUAGUAAAAAAAUUAACGAGACAAAACAUUCUCGACAGUGAUAUUUUAGAGCUUGAAAAACCUUCAGUUGAAGGGAUAGAUACUAUUGUCGAAUCACAGACCAUUGAAGAAAAAAGUUCCGAAUCAAAAGUUGGUGACGGGAUCACUGCUGUGCCUGAUUCGAAGCGGUCUAGUCUAGCUAGUGUUAAGGAUCACGAAGACAUUAAGAGCGAUCUCAUACCACAUGAUACGGAGGAUGUAGCUGAUAAAUCACUCACAAUGGAGCAAGAUGUUCAAGGCCUUAAACCCAUUUCCAAGAGUCCUAGUCCUGAAGUGGAAGAAUCCUCUUCUCGAUCAGUUUUCCAGCAAAGUUCCGAUCUCUUGGAAACACAAAUUCCUGAGGAGAUAUCUAUAUCGGAAGAGAAGCGCACAGAGGUAAAAAGUCUUUUGAUAGAAGAUUAUAUAACCAAGGGAAAGAAAAUUACCGAGAUAUUCCUCCAAGAGAUCAUCAAUAGAACCCGGGUACCUCGAUACAUCAUUUUAGAAAUAAUCGAUGAAAUUAUUUUUAAUAAGAAAUUAUCAAGAGAUAGUGUGAUUGACAAAUUAUUGUUUCUGGAGGAGGACGAUUCUCUUGAACGAUCCCUCUUAUCCACUCCAGAUAGAAAGUCUUCCGGAUAUUCAACACCAGAAAUUAAGCAUUACGAUGACAAGGUGACCAAAACAAUUCCCUCGUAUGUUGCUGAUUAUGAAAGUCCUUUCCAUAAAGCAUUUGUCGGCGGCAUGACUGAAAUCAGAACAACACAUAUUACAACUCUUUCUGGAAAAUCAACUCCGGAUCUAGGAGGACGGGCUGAUACUCCAGAGUCUACUUCUGAUGUUACUAGUACAACGGGAACUACUUCCCAGGACGUUACAGAGAAAAAGCAUGAAAUGAAAACGAUUCAACCUGAUGGUUCAAGUAAAACUGAUGAUGAUGAUUUGAAAACUACGGUUCUUAAAACAACACAUUUAACUAGUCAAUUUGAAAAGACUGAGGAUCUAGUUGAUUUACCAAAAACUGUUAAACAAGAAGUUGUGGUUUAUGAGGAAGAUCCAGAUGUUUUGGAAACUGUGACAACCAAAACUACAAGAACUGUAAUAAUCGAUGAAGGAUCUGGAGAGACAGUUGUCACAUCUGAAAUCGGGAAGCCAGAACUCUUCACUUGCAUCAUUUCUCGCGAUGGAACUCCACAAGUCACCUCAGAUGUUGUGACGAAAGUUAUUAGCAGAGAAACCACUCCUGAGAUUACAACUGAUGUCAAGAGAAUCGUGACAACUGUUACAACCGUCACUGAUUCCAAUGGGAAAGUCACGACUAUGAAAGAUGUGACACAAACAUCUGAAACAUUGGAUAGAGAAGAGCUUUUAGAUAAACUUAUUGAUUCAUCUCAAGGAGAUAAGGCAAUCAAGUCAGAAGUAAAAUCCCAGGGUGCACUAAAAUCCGAUAAAAUGAUGAAAGAAACAACCGCAACUCUAACUUCAACAUCUGGUGUUUCAACACCUGAUGUGAAAAUGUUCUACGAUUCUGGAAAAUCAACACCUGAUCAUCAAGAAGAAAAACUCGAGGUACUUGGUAAAACAUCUGCUGAACGUCUAGAACACUCGAUUUCUCCAUUGGUACGCGACUUAGUAUCAGAUGAAAGGAGUUACUCUGGAAAAUCUUCACCAGACAUGUCGCUUCCAAAGGACAUUGCUUACAGUGGAUCCACUGGAAAAUCAACACCAGAUAUUCCUAUUUCACCGUUGAUAAGGGAUGGUGCACAUCCUUCUGGAAGAUCAACACCUGAUAAACGGCUGGAAGGCAGGUCCAGAACAAGCACACCUGAAGGAUUUCGGUCAGGUGAAGUUAUAAGAACGACAAUUACAACCACCAGAACUAUGUCUGACGAUGGAGAGAUAAUCACAACUACUAAGGAAGUUACAGAAGCUACCAAUGAAAAAGGUGAAACUGUCGUGAUUACAGAAAAAACAGAUGUGAAAGUUGAUAAUCAUCUACCAGAGAGUAUUGGAAAUGUCAUUGGAGAGUUGAAAUCGGCCGAUAUUCAACGAGGAUCAAGUCCAGGAUCAGAUGCAAUGAGUGAAAGGGACGCUGGACCAACAAGUCCACGUAGUGAUCAAAGCAGUAGUCACAGCAGAGCAGCAACUCACGUCUGGGGUAGCAGUGAAGAAAGGCACACUUAUUCUGAUGAUGAACCACCUAGUUCUCCACUUUCAACAACUUCACACGUUGGACAAUCUCCUCGUCACUAUGAAAACCAAUCAAUGACCAGCAGCUUCUACGGUGAAUUGCCAACCACCGUAACCAAAACUGAAACUAGCGUUCGCUUCAGUGAUCCUCAAACCGAAACCAAAAAGCUAACUGUCGAAAUGGAAUUCACAGGUGGAUUCAGCGAAAAAUCAGAUUCCAAAAAGUUUAUUGACGAAGCUGACUUGGAUUCAGAUAAAAUUUUAUUAGAAGAAAAGGACACGAAGGCUGGAACUUCUGUCGCAUCUUCCCAAGAUAAGGAUGAUAAAGAUAAAGAUGAUCCAAUUGCCGGUUGGGGCAGUCCUUUAGGUUUACCUUCACCUGAACCGCCAAGAAAAUUUAAUUUACGAACUCUUGUUCAACGGGACUUGAAGGAUGAUAAAGAUGAAUUUGAUCCAAUUGCUGAUUGGGGAAGUCCUUUAGGUUUACCUUCACCCAAACCACCGAGAAAAUUUAAUUUACGAAGUCCUGUUCAACCUAGUAGCAGUUCCUGUGAUCUGUCACCAGACAGCUUGAAUUUUGAUCUCCAUGAUUGGGGCGAGCCAUUGAAAUUACCUACUCCGAUUCCAUUGCCGAAUGAGGUUUCUAAUAAAGCAUCUCCCGCAACUCCAAAAAAAGAGCGAAAACAAACGAAAAAAGUUAUUUCAGAAAAUAUAAAAAAUAAAAAACGGUCUGAGAGUCCUAUUAAAAAUGAGAAGAAGUUGAAGGACUCAAAGAAUAAAGUUCAACCCGUUUACAUGGAUUUGACAUAUGUUCCUCAUCAUGGAAAUUCUUACUAUACGGCUUUGGAAUUCUUCAAGAGAGUGAGAGCAAGGUAUUACGUUUUCAGUGGAACUGAACCCAGUCGUGAAGUUUAUGACGCUUUGCUAGAGGCGAAGAAAACUUGGGAAGAUAAAGAUUUAGAGGUAACAAUGAUUCCAACGUACGACACAGACACAUUAGGAUAUUGGGUGGCAGAUAAUGAGGAGGCAUUGGCAGCUCAUCACAUAGACCUCUCACCAUCGGCAUCACGAUGCACAAUCAAUCUUCAAGAUCAUGAGACGAGUUGCAGUGCCUAUCGACUCGAAUUCUAGGGAAUAGCAGGCUGCUCAGCCUUCAUAGUCGAGUUCUGAGCCGCGUCCAGACAAACUUCCAAUUCACUUUCUGGAUCAUUCAUUCCAUUGGAGAUUGAUUUUAGAUCAAUCGAUCGUCCCGUCCCGUGGCUCCCGAAAAUUGUACUCGCUACUUUAAUAAGAAAAAAAAACGUGGACAGGCAAUAUAUUUUCAAAUCUCAUAUAUUAUUUACUAUACAUCAAACGAGGAAAUUCAUAUGUCCCUUCUUUGUUGCGAGAGGAGAGUAUGGGAGUUUUUUACUUUAUUUAACAAAAUUGUUGCUCUAAUAUUUACCAUUGAAUUUUUGAAUAAUUUUAUUCGAAAAAACAUUUCUUCAAUCAUCACCGAUAAUAAUUACCACUCUUUUUAUGAAAUUAUCAAUAAGAAUAAAUUAAAAAUAAUUUUCUUAUUUAUUAUCAUUCAGAUGAUUGAUAAAAUUAAAAAUAUUUUUUUCUAUUUUUUAAUUUUCUUAAUUAGAAAAAGGUAAUUUACUGUGAAAAAAAAAAUUAUAUAAAAAAAAAAACUUUUUUCUAUUUUAUUGAUGAAAACAUGUUUUUUCUAAUAAAAGAUUCAAACGCAUAUAUAAAGAAAACGCACGAUAUAUGAGGAGUAUCGCGACGAAUUUGCGCGAUAGGUAUUAUUAACUGAAUUUACAGUUGUACCUGCCGAAGCCUAUAAUUAAAAAGAACAAUACUGAAUAAACAAAGAUAGAAAAUACACUGGCAUUCACUCGCACAUAAAAAAAAAAAAAACAAGACAUAUUAUGCACAUUUUUAAAGGACUGCUUUAGUGAUUGUAUGACUAAUACAAAUAUAACAAUUUGAACAGUGAAUGUUGAUUAUUGAACAGUAAAUAAUUGAAUAAUGAACAAUGAGAUUAUUUAAAUAUUGAAGAUAAUGACUGAUGCGCUGACGGGAGAAAUGCACCGAAGUGACCUCGAGUUGACCUGUAGUGAACUUACCGAUUAUGGGACUGAAUCAUUGCAUAUUACUAUAUAGUUAAUCCAAUAAAUUUAUUUAGGAAUUUUUAAAUUUUGACGUGGACAAAUCGUUAUCGAUAAUAUAUGGCGUUUACGAACGAGAAGAUGCUUCAUUGAUGCGGAUUUCUCUGCUCUCAUUCUCUCCUCGAUCAACAAGAUAUAAACAGUUUAGUCUCUCGAUAAGUGAUCGCUAAAAAAUUUUAAAGGAAAAUUAAUUUUCAUAUUAAUAAAUAUUGAAAAUUAAUUUAAAGUUGUCACUUACCGAAAGUUUAAUGUAGAAUAUGUGACUCAUAAAUCAUGGAGUGGUAAUAAAAAGAAAAAAGUGUCUUGAUUCUGACACUUUAUUGAAAUAAUCAACUCACCGAAAUCUAUUCAAUUUAAUAAUUCUUAAAUUUACAAUUUCUCUUUUUGCAAAUUACCGCUUGUUAAUCGAAUAUCAAAAAUACGAACAUUUGAUUCAAGUGGAAGUUCGCGAUUCUACGAAAAUAUUUUACAAAUUCUUUUCUUGAAGAAAUUUUUCUUAUAUUAUUUAAAAGUUUUUCCAUGAAUUAUUCUAAUUUAAUUUGAAAGAAAAAAAGCAUUUCAAGAAUUCUAAAAGUUUUUCAAAAAAUGAAUUCAAAUAAUUAAAAUUUGUAAAAAAAUUUGAAAAAGAAAUGAUUGAAAUCUUCAAGAAAAGUUUCUUUAAUAAAAUAUAUAUAUAUAUCUCUAAAAAAAAAAACAGCGGAUAAUGAGAAGUUUUAGGCGAGUACAUAAGCCACUUCCUGAAACGGAAAGACUUUCCGAAAGUAGAGGUAUAGACUAUCAAAAAUUAAAAAUCCGUGGAACCAUUUCCAUUAUUAUCUGAAGUUCGAACAGCGUUCCGUUCACAGUAGCACAAGUCGCAAAACAUCCAUCCAAAGGACACGCCGCGAUCUAAAAAUGAUAACGAUAAUUCUAAUAUUGCGAUAAUAUUUCGUUUCCUCAUGAAUAAUUGACGUAUUAUGAGAAUCAUUGUUUUUGACACAAUACAUCAAUUGUUCAUUGAAUCAGAUGAAAUCUACUUCUAGAAAACUUAAAAUUACUUACAUAAUAUUAGAUAAUAGAAAAGAGUGCAAGAAGUGGUAAAUGAAUAGGAAAACCAAAAAAAAAAAAAAAAAACAAAAAAAGUGAUUGAACUUUUGUACUUAUUCCUCUGUCAACGAUAACAAUUACCAGUGAUAAUGAUGAGGAUAGGCUGUCGAUUAUAUGAAGGUGAUAACGCAUUAAAAUGACGAUAAUGAUGAUGAUGAUCAAGACCAUUUAUUAUAAUGAAUGUCUCUUAGCGCUGUAAUAGAAAAAGAAAAGAUAAUGCAAACAAAAGAAUGUGGAGAGAAUUUUUCACAAAGUUUUUAAAUAGUUUUGAAAAUUUUUCUAUAUGUUUAUUUCAAAUAUUUAUUAAUUGUUUCACUUUGUUAUAUAUUAUAAAUAUAUAUAAAUAUAUAUUAUAUAUAUAUAUAAAAAAUGAGCUAUGCACUAUUCUACGUUUUGAGCGAUUGUGUGGCAAUGUCAAUUUAUAAGAAUUUGUGAUUUUAUAAAGUUAGAUUUGCAAGAUUUUAAUAGGGGGUUAUAUUAUGCCUUUCGCUAAGGCCUUCAGGUGCACCAUUAUUGCAUAAAUUUGACAUAAUUAUAUAAAAAUAAAUAAAAAUCCAUUUUUUAAAUAUUAAUAAAAAAAAAUUCCUAUUUUUGUUUAUUAAAGAUGAAUUUAAAGAAAAUAUUGUUAAAAAUAGAUUUUUUAAAUAAAAGAAAAAAUAUUGAGUUUCAAAAGAAAACAGAAAUUUUUUAACUUAAAAAUAUAAAAGAAAAUUAAAAUUAUUAAAAAAUUAAAAAAAAUAAUUUAACAAAAAAAAAAUAAAAAAUGGUGCGUCUGGAGUUUAAAUUUUAUGAAAAUUUGAAUGCUUGUAGGUAGAGUUUAAUGACGUAAGAUUUUUACCUAGAUCAGUAAAAAAAAAUAAUACUAUGUUACGGAACAUAUUAUAGAUUUUUUUCAUUAAUCGAUUGAAAGUCAACGAUUUUUCAUGGAUAUCAGGGUCACGUAAGUUGAAGUUCGGAAAAAAAAUAGAUUUUUCUACUGCCCGCCUAUUUCUUUUUUCUGGUGGUUUUUAGAAAAAAAUAAAAUACAUUCAAUCGUAAUUUAUAAUACAUAAAUAUUCAAACUUUGUUGCGCUAAAUAAUUUCCAUUUAUUUUUAUAAUUCAUUAACACUUUUUAUAAUAAAAAUAAAAAAAAUGUAGAUAUGCGUUAAUGUAAAUAGGUGAAACUAAAUCUUUUUUUUAAAAUAGGAAAAUUUUGUUAACUUAUUUUGGAGGGAAGUUUUUUUUAAAAAAAAAGAGUACUCUUUCACAAGGUGAAAAUUCUCUAAUUAAUUUUAAGUAAUAUGAAAUUAAUGACUUCAGUGAAAAUUAUUACUAGAAAAAUUAAUUUAGUUAUUCAAUUUAUGAAUUUGGAAUAAUAUUUAUUUUUUAAAUAAAAAUAAUUAAUAAUUAAAUUUAUGUCAAAAUAUAUCGAAUUAUUUUAUAUAUAGAUGAAAUUUUUCUUUCGAGAAAGUAAAAAUUUAAAAAUUUUAUUAUGUAUCGAAUUAUUAUAUCACCUUGUGCGCGUGUGUGUUUUUAAGAACAAAAUACAAACUUGAACAAUCGGCAGACAUCGAGAUUUAAUUAAUUAAUAAUGUUUAUUAUGAAUUAUCGCUAUAUUUCUACGUUGUAAAGUAAUAAUUAAGGUCCAUGUCAUCAUCGUCAUUAUCAUCGUUUCUUUUGUUUCGCGAAUUAAAGCUUUUUAUAACGUACAUACUUACAUACGAGAGAAGUUUAAAAAAAAAAAAAAAAAAAAAAUUGGUGAGCAGAAUACCUAAAAAAUAAAAAGCAAAAGCAAAAAAGGAUGAAAAAAGUAUGUACUUAUGUAUUUAUGUAUUAUUUAUUGACAAGUAAUAAUGACCAGCUAUCUAGGUAGGAUGUUACAAUUAUUAAAUAAAAUUAAAGAGAUGAUAAAAGAAAACCUAAAACAGUGUCGAAGAAUAUUAUAAUACACUGGAUGAGUUAAAAGCAAAACAUUAAAUUAGCGAGCGAGCUUUCACAGAAAAUCAAUUUUAGGGAUGAAACUAUAAUAUGACAGAUGGAGAGCGGCAACACUAUGGAAAAAAAACGUUGAUUAAAAAUUUUAAAACCAAAAAAAAAAAAAAAAACCCUAAAUAUGCGCUAUGCGUACGGAAUGGGAACGACGAAAUUUGAAUGUCAACUUUAUCGGCGUAUGUAAUUAAUUGCGUAUCCGGAUUUGUGGAAAGAUCUUUAUAGCUUACAAAUAAUAAAAGAGGGUAAAUUUUCACGAAAAUUAUUACUGAAAAUUUCUCUGGUCGUAUAUUUAAAAAAAAAUGCGUAAAUUCUAAGGAUAUUUAUUGAACUGACUUUACUAUUCCACCCAAAUAUAUUAAUUAUAAUUAUUAUUAUAUUAAAAUAAAAAAAAAAAUAAAAUAAAAUAAAUUCUCUGGCCUAAAAUAAAAACAUCCAAAUACAAUAUUGUAGCGUCCAAUAUUUUAUGUCUUUCCGCAUCAAACAAUUUUGAACAAAAAAGAUUUUUUAUUGCUAAUGUGCAAAAAAAUAAAAGCGCCUGAUUUUAAUCAGCUUCAAUUUUUGUUUUCUCGCGUAAUAACGUAUAUAUAUAAAUAUGCGAUAUUUUUGCAAAAAUCCUUUGUUCAGGAUUGUGAGAUUUUCGGAUACGCGAUAGUCUAGUCAGUAAUUUUUGCGAAGUAUUUCAUGCGAUUAUAAACAAAAAAAAAAAACAAAAAAAAACAAAAAAAAAAACAAAAAAGAAAGAAAAAACCUCUAGUCAUCCUUUAUGUUCUCAUUCCUCCAAGUGCACCAAUACAUCGCGUUUUCGAGUACGGAAUUUAACUAAAAAAAAAAAUGUACUGUGGAAUGUUCAUGGUGCUAUAUGAUAAAAAUUAUGCUAUAUGAUAAAAGGAAUAAUAUAAUAAAUAUAAACCAUACCUAGAA